AUGAAGGAAAAUGGAGACGAUGUGAAGAAACGUGUAUGCCGAAAUAUGUUUAUAAAUACUUUAAGUAUUGGUGAGAAGACGGUACGCUCAUGGACAUUAUCAGACCAACCCAGUACAAGCCUUGAAAACGAAGAUCAUCAAGCGCCGGUCCGACGACAAAAAUCAAACAUGGUUAAGAAUGUAGAGGAGUUUCUGAAUUCACUACCUAAAGUAGAAAGCCAUUAUUGUCGAGCAUCAUCCAAUAAACUCUACGUUGAGCCUUUGUGGUCUAGUCUAAGAGAGAUGUACCGCUUUUAUAAAGAUGAGUGCCAAAUACAAAACAAACUUGCAUCAUCCUGGAAAACCUUCUACAAUACUUUGAAAUUUAUGAACUUAGACCUUUAUAUUCCCAAAAAGGAUCAAUGUAAUACAUGCACACUGUAUAAGACAGGAAUAUGCGAUGAAGAAACAUUCCAGAAACAUGAGCAAAAGAAACUAUCUGCAAGAGAAGAAAAAUCGAAAGACAAAGAACGAUGCAUUAAUUGUCCUAAUACUGCAACCUAUACCGUAGAUCUACAGGCUGUGCUAUUAGCUCCAAGACUAAAUGCAAGUGCAAAUUACUAUAAGACUAAGUUGAAGGUCCACAAUGAGACCUUCUUCGACUUAAGUACUAAAGAUGCCGUAUGCUAUGUUUGGCACGAAGCAGUGGCAGGGAUUGAAAGUGAUGUAUUUGCAUCCAUUUAUACAGACUUUUUAAAAAAGGCAAUAGAAAAAAAACGUCUCGAAAAAAAUUACUAUUUGGAGUGUUGGGUGUGGAUAUCAGAACCGAAAUAUCAAACUAUUUAA